UAUAUCUUAUCCUUCCUUGUUCUGAGAGGAGACACAUACUGCGAGACACGCUGUAAGAUUCAUACCAAAACCACCACGUCUACUGAGAGAAGAUAGCUGCAGGAAGGGACCACUGGAUUUACUGGAAUACUGACUACUUGCACUUCAACCUGCUGCUGAUUUUACGUAAGAAACUGAAUGAGCCAAAACUAAAAGUGAAAGUAACUUUCAAGAACGUUCUACAGAGAAAACUUCCCUGUCUGCUUGCUGCAUUUUCAGUUAAACUCAGAUAUAAAUGUCUUUGAGAUCAGAGGACAAUCUCUCCUGUCCUAUUUGCCAUGACAUUUUCAAAGAUCCUGUUGUCUUGUCAUGUAGCCACAGCUUCUGUAAGGACUGUCUGCAGAAGUGGUGGAGGGGGAAAAAACCAUUUGAGUGUCCAUGCUGUAAGACAAGACACUCAAGGAGUGAUGCACCUCGUAACCUGGUACUGAAGAACCUGUGUGAGGCCUUCUUACAGGAGAGGGAACAGAGAGCAUCAGCUGGGUCUGAGGCUGUCUGCAGUCAGCACUCUGAGAAACUCAAACUCUUCUGUCUGGACCAUCAGCAGCCAGUGUGUGUCGUCUGUCGAGACUCAAAAACACACAACAACCACAAAUUCAGACCAAUCGAUGAAGCUGCACAGGAUCACAAAGAGGAGCUCCAGAAAACCCUGAAGCCCUUACAGGACAAACUGAAGCGCUUUGAACAAGUUAAAGGAGACUUUGUUCAAACAGCAGAAUACAUCCAAGUCCAGGCUAAACACACAGAGAGUAAAAUUAAAGAGCAGUUUAAGAAGCUUCAUCAGUUUCUACAAGAGGAAGAGGAGGCCAGGAUCACUGCUCUGAGGGAGGAAGAGAAGCAGAAGAGUCAGAUGAUGAAGGAGCAAACUGAGGCAUUGAGCAGAGAGAUAGCAGCUCUGUCAGACACAAUCAAAGCCACAGAGAAGGAACUGAGAGCUGAAGACGUCUCAUUCCUGCAGAACUACAAGGCUGCAGUGAAGAGAGUCCAGCAGCGCCCCCUGCUGGAUGAUCCACAGCUGGACUCAGGAGCUCUGAUAGACGUGGCCAAACACCUGGGCAACCUGACCUUCAACAUCUGGAACAAGAUGAAGAAGAUGGUCUCCUACACUCCUGUGAUUCUGGAUCCAAACACAGCAGACCCAGAACUCAUCGUGUCUGAAGAUCUCACCAGUGUGAGAUCUGGAGAAAAAAAGCUGCUUCCAAAAAACCAGAAGAGGACCAAAUUCCCCUGCUGCGUCCACAGCUCUUCAGGCUUUAUUUCAGGGAUUCACAGCUGGGACGUUGAGGUUGGAGAUAACAAGGACUGGGAAGUGGGAAUGCUGGCAGAGUCCAUCAUGAUUAACGGACGCCUACAGUCUGGAUUGUGGAGAAUUAUGUUUUCUCACGGUAAAUUCACUGCAUUCUCCAAUUCAGAUCACGAGAAAGAUUUGCCCGUGAUGAAGAAGCUCCAGAAGAUCAGAGUUAAUAUGGACUUUGACAAAGGAAAGUUGUCAUUCUCUGAUCUUGAUACAAACACACACAUACACACAUUCACACACUCCUUCACUGGCAUCCUGUUUCCAUAUAUUUACACUGAGAAUCAGGUACCCCUGAAGAUUUUACCAGUGAAAGUCUCUGUGAGGGUGGAAAAGCACAAGUAGAGAUUAUUAUGAUAGAAAGUAAUGCUGUCACAGGCUUGACUUUGAUUAAUAUCUUUGGUUGUUACCCUAUAAGUGAGUUUUUCCCCCUCAAAAAAAAAAAAGAAUAUUAAUGAAAUGUUUUAUACGUGAAUAUAUAAGUGAAUGUAUGUACUUUCUCUCCUUAACAAAUCUGCUAUUUUUGAAAUUUUGACUUGGAAGAUUAUGGGAUGACUGGGGCUUACGAUGUUGACAACACUUUGGUGAAAUGAAUUAGCUGAUAAAUUUAUUACAUUUAAGAUGGUGGCAGGUAGUGGAGGAUUAUGAUCAAAUUGUAGACAUUCUAUAAUAUGUUCAGUGGUGAUGAUGGUGCGGAAGCUGGGGUGUUUUUACAAAUAUCACAAGACUGUAUGUUUACUUUCUUAUGUGAUGCAAUUCCUUUUGAAGCAGGAUGUUGUGCCGGGACAAAUCACUGUUACUGGAAUAUCAGUUCAUAAGAGAAAUGAGAGGUUUCAUUUAACAGACAGGCAGAAAGGUGGCAUUUAUUAAUGUUAAUAGUAGCGAUGACAGCAAAACUAAUCAAAUGAAAAUGUUCUGUGGCACAUUGUGCAGGUUUUUUAUGUGGUUUCUCUCUUUUUUCUUCUUUGGAUCAUUCUGAUUGUGGGGACCAAUAAAAGUUAAAACA